GCGCCACGACGCCACACAGACCGAACAUGGCCUCUUACCAGACGCCCUCGCAGACACCGGCUCGACGCGUGCUGGGCAGUCUCACUCCAAAGGCUCUAAAUACGCCCCAGACUCAGACAAAGCCCUAUGAACUAGCCCACGUCGCGCGGCCGGACAGCCCGCUAAAGCACGUUGCCCCAAGGACCCCAGCAGCCUUUGCCGAUAAAGAGAACCUGGCCACGCCCAAUGCCACGGUCAAGAGCAAGAAGCGCGGCAUCCAGGAAGUCGACGACGCCGAGACGAUUGCACAUGCAAAGAUGCUUGCCCACGCACGCGGCCACAGUCCUUCGACGACCGCCAUGCGCCUGACCGCCGACGCGAUUCAGAAGCACACGGAAAACAACCCCAUCGGCCUCGCAGACCCCGGAUCGCCCACGGAACGCGCCACGCCGUCGCCGUCGCCCGAGCCGGAAGCCAUGCACGCAUCUCAGAAGAGCAACCAGUCCUUUUCCGACUUUCUCAACUAUGAAAUGUGCGCGAGUCAGAAGAGCGACCACGCCAAACUCGCGCCCCUCGUUGCAGAGGAAAAGAAGAGGUCACGCGCAGAACAGUUGCGCACGCGCCUCAAGUUUGGCCUGUACAAGGUCAAGACAAAUCAGGUUAGCAAGCGUGACGUGGAUAUUAUUGCCCCAUUCGAGGCCAGUUCCAUGUACUCGUCCAACCCUCUUGCAUCCACAACCAUGACAUCCUCUGGCGACUCCCGCGUUCCCAACAUCACCGUGUCCUCGCCGCGACGCGAACAAGGGCCUGUUUUUGUCCAAGCAAAUCUCGAUCCCUUUCGCCCAAUAAGUAAACUCGGGCCCGCACCAGUCCAGUUUGCCCCGCCCCAAGGCGGCAUGGUCUCGUCGCGAACAAUUGAAUACGAAAUCACCUCGUCGCCUCCUGGGACCGACCUCCCCAAAUCAGUCACCCCGGAAGAGCUCACGUCGCCCAUGCAGCAGCGAAAUCACUACCAGAUGGCUUCGGAGCCAAGGAGGCGAGGCGGUGAGCACGGGGCAGAUUCCAACGUCAGAGAAGAAUCUGCGCGAGAAAGGCUGCAACGUCUAAGACAACAACAAUAUCUGGAAGAGACGCCAAGUAGCAUCCGUGUACAGGGCGAUGCUGCGGAAGGAUUAUUACAACUGAUGCAAAACUCGCGCUAGUAGCCGACGUACAAAUUAUCAUUCCACGGCCUUUGCCUAAUCCUGUGAUAUUUCCUCCUUUACG